GGGUUAAAUUGUAAUUAUUCAAAUACUGCUGAUAAUCUAAAUACGGCGUCGUAUGUAUUCGAAUUGUUCCUGAACAAAUAGCCCGUGAUCAGGCUAAAAAAAAGGCGUCAAUAGUUGGAAAUCUUCUUCGAUCACUCUAUUGGAAUGGCGACGGAAGGGCAGAAACCAUCAGCUGAGGAAGUAAAGACCGAUCUAUUUGAAGAUGACGACGAGUUUGAGGAGUUUGAAAUUGAUCGAGUGUGUGGGGAUUUGGCCGAUUGGGAUGAGCAAAACGAAGGCGAAGAAAUAAAUCAGCAAUGGGAAGAUGACUGGGACGAUGAUGAUGUGAAUGAUGAUUUCUCUGUGAAGCUGAGGAAAGAAUUGGAGUGCGAGGCUAAGUCCACAUAACUUUGCUCAUGUUAGUUAUUUUUACACCACCUUUUGUCUUAGGAUGUGCAUUGUGAUUCAUUCUGGUUUCUGAAUAAUUUUCUUAACUCAUUUGCCCUUAUUGCC